GACAGACUUUUUCCCCUUGCCCCCCCAAAAAAAACCCAACCCAACCCUGUGACACCCCACAUGCCCCACACCCCUGCCUCGACCCUGGUCGGUCCUCGUGAUGGAGCUAACUAACCCCACCUCCACCCUGUACGCUGCGGUCGUAAAGAUGUUGGGGUAUAAAUUGAGGUGGAAGAGAGGAAUCGGAAAACUCUUGAGAACUAGAUCUAGAACUACAAAACGAGAACAUGAAGAACAUGGUGACGAUGGACUCCAUUGUUGGGAGAAACUGGCCACUGACCUUCCUGGCUGGGACACUGCUCUGGACCACCUGCAUUGCGGCUCCUAUGCAGUGCCACUUCAACUCCAAAGCGCUGUGUGUGUACGAGGGAAGACACUUCUCUCUGGGGGAGUCCUGGAUGGAGGACGGCUGUCUGCAGUGUACCUGUCUGCAUCCUGUCGGCGUCGGCUGCUGCGAGACGGUGCAUCACCCGGUGGACUUCCCAGGGUGGUGCGAGGUUCGGGUGGACACUCUGACCUGUAAGAUGACCCUCGUUCAGAGCGCUGACCCCCGCCUGCCCUGCAGCCCCGGGUAUGGACACAGCCUAGACCCCAGCCACGGCUCACUGGAACACUACUUGAAGCUAGCGGAGUAGACAGGGACGGAAUCACAGUCGGACAGUGGAGGCUGGUGGAGGGAGAAAUCGAAGAACGGGCUCAUUUAAUUCCAGCCAUUACAAGGAGCCUGUUCUCCGAUUUAAAGUGGCACCAGCCUCCACUGAAGUUGGACGAUCAACCUCCCUCCACCCGCCUGUCUGUGUACUUCAAACGCUCCAUUCUCAUGUGUUGCAGACCCGUAAUUUGUUAACAUUUAAACCUCAUGAAUAUUACAAUAUAUUGUACCAUAAGCAGAAAAGUAUACUCCAUUGGAAUGCAGAGGGGAUCCCACAUAAUGUAAUCCCACAUUUAUGGCACCCUGUAAUGCUCUACUGUAAAUAUCAACUCUUAUAGUAAUAUAUCUAACAAUUAUUGUCGUAUUUGUUCUUUAUUGCAGUUAUAUUCAGUUAUCCUCUAAAUAAAAUUCUCAUUCA